UAUUACAUACAUGCAGCUAUUGAUCGCAUUUAGCCCUAAACCCUAACAAUGCGAACCUGGAACUGCGCGCUCGAUUUGAAACGUGUUACAAUGCGAUUCGCUUCCGGAUUAUAAAUAUGAAAGAGAUUAAAUUUAUUCGAGUGUAUACUCCAACUUAGGGCUGCCUACCCGACAUUAGACACAAGAUAGCUACAGAAUGGUUGUCAUAAGGUUCCGUGCAGCGAAUGUAAUAUGUUAUUACAUGAUACUUAACGUUUUGUAUCUUGGAAAAGUUGCUGGUGAAGAGGGCGGCGAAGGUAGUAUGAAAUUAACAAAGUCCGAAGGUGAGGAUGAAAUGCCAGAGGAGAGAGAGGGCAUGAUCCGCCUCUCUCCUCCUAAACUGGACGACGAGGAACAGAACAGCCCACAUAUGCCCCACGCUUUACGAUGUGACGGUUGUCGUGCUAUCGCUCACCAGCUUUCUUUCGAGUUCUACAGGAGACAUCGGGCCAGAUCAAAGCUGAAGAGACUGACAGAGUCUGAUGUAAUGGAAAUUGUGGAGAGGGUCUGCAGCAGUAAUUUUGACAAUUAUGGAUUGAAGGCUGUUGAUGGUGUUAACAGAUUAUCUGGUCCUGGAUUAGAGACGGAGAAAUCUCCGGGGAUGAUGCAGGGAGGGGGAAGAUGGCCAGUCAGGCUUCAGAACAUGUGUAAUGCAUACGUAGGGGAGCUGGAUGAGGAGGGAAUUUAUGAGGGAUAUAUUGAAGAUAACACUCUGGAGGACUUCCUGUGUCGUAGGGAGGGACUGUUUGGUUACUGUAAAGACACACCACCCCCAAAGAAAGAGGAACUCUGAUGUUUGUUUUACUCAUAGGAAACAAUCUACUUUAUAAGAUCAAAUAACUCCUUAAUGCUGUAAUAAAACUAUAAAUAUUUA